GCUCAAAAGGCAGCGACACUGGCCAGCUGCAUUCCGCUCGCACAGACUCUCAACGACCGCCGCUAUCAACAUGGCCCAGAACGACACGCCCCCCUUCGACCGCUCGCUCAGCCUCAAGUUCACGCAGACGCCCAACCCGCAGUGGACGUACGGCCAGCAGCUCGACGCGACGCCCGAGGGCAAGGCAUGGCUUGAGGGCGAGAAGGCCGGCUGGAAGGUGGUGGACACGGAGAAGGAGGACCCGAUGAAGCUGUAUGCGCUGAUGACCAGCGGGAUCGUGCCUCGCCCGAUCGCGUUCGUGUCGACGAUCUCGGAAGACGGCGUCGAGAACCUCUCCCCUUUCAGCUGGUUCAACAUGGUGACGCACAGCCCGCCGCUCGUCUCGCUCUGCUGCAGCAACGGGCCCGCGCGCGUGAAGGACACGGCGGCGAACAUCGCGGCCACGCGCCAGUUCACGGUGAACAUCAUCAGCGAGCCGUGGGUCGAGGCCGCGAACGCGUGCGCGGUGGACGCGCCCGCGGCGGUCGGCGAGUGGCCGCUCAGCGGGCUCACGAAGACGGCGAGUCUGCACGUCAAGCCCGCGCGCGUGCAGGAAAGCGCGUUCAGCAUGGAGUGUGAGCUGCACCAGACGGUGGAGAUCGUGCACCCUGUGACGGGCGUGAACACGACGACGAUGAUCCUGGGCCUCGUCAAGUACGUGCAUGUGCGGAACGACAUGCUCACGGCGCGCGGGACGGUGGACCCGGCGCGCCUCCGCCCGGUUGCACGCCUCGGCGAUAUCUCGUACGCGCGCGUGGGCGACGGGUUCCGCCUGCGGCGGCCGGUGUGGGCUGACGAGGCGGAGGCGAUCCGCGCGGCGACGGAAGGAGCAAACGAGUAGCUUGCUGGUAUGUGCAGUACGAGCCUACCGUGGGGUUUCGAUUACGCAGCCGAUCGCCAUUCAAUACAUAACACAUUUAAAUACA